AUGGUUGUAGAAGUUGGGAAUGGUUUAUCCGCAAGCUUUGUGAGACCAAUAACUGAAGUGGAACAGCCACGGAGGCCUCAGGCCGGCCGGGACGAGGAAGCUGUGAAAUACGGCGACGUCUUCAACGUCUCCGGGGAGCUGGCGAGCAAGACGGUGGCGCCUCGGGACGCGGCCAUGAUGCAGAGCGCUGAGACGACGGUGCUGGGACAGACCCAGAAGGGUGGCCCCGCCGCCACCAUGCAAUCGGCGGCGACGCAAAACGAGAGAGCUGGUGUCGUUGGCCACGUCGAUGCAUCUGAUGCAGCCGAAGACCGCGGUGUCAGCGUAACUGAGACUGAUGUGCCCGGAUACCGUAUAGUAACCGAAUCUGUUGCUGGACAGGUUGUUGGCCAGUAUGUACAGCCAACGCCGGCGAUGCAGGCGGCGGUGGUGAGCGCAAUUACGAUAGGAGAGGCACUAGAAGCAACGGCCAAGACCGCCGGCGAUAAGCCGGUGGACCAGAGCGACGCAGCAGCCAUUCAAGCGGCCGAGGUUAGAGCAACCGGCAGUAACGUUAUAACUCCCGGUGGGCUAGCCGCCACAGCUCAAUCUGCGGCGUCUUUCAAUGCUGCAAUUGAACGGGAUGAGAACAAAAUUAAGCUCAGAGAUAUCCUCACGGAUGCUACUUCUAAGUUGCCGGCGGACAAGGCUGCGACGAGGCGCGCAGGACGCAGAGGGAGUGGUGAGCGCGGAUUGUGGCAUCGGUGACGGUGGCUGCU